UCGCGCACAUGUGCAAUAUUUUGCGGAAUGCGUCCUGGUGCUCGCGCUCGACUCUGAGCACGAGAGAAACUCUCUUAGAGUUUUAUCAUGGAUAUAGAUACAUUUGAGAAGACAAAAUCUACUAUUUAAACUCAUUCAGCGGCAUUUCCAUAGACUAAAACAGUUUUAUUCGUAAACAUUAAACAGAGAUAAAAAUGUCCAGACCCACGGCCCGGGAGCGACAGGAGAGCGAUGAUGACUCGGACACAGACCUGCUGCUCGCGGCGCUUUCACCGGAGGAAGUGGAGAAGCUCGAGCGGGAACUCGUUUAUAUCGACCCCGACCCGACUGUACCUGUCGGACUCCGCCAGCGGAACCAGACGGACAAACUCCCGUCCAGGGGAUAUGACAGAGAAGCGAUGCUGGACUACUGCGAGCGCCAAACCAAGAAACUAAUCCGGAGAGAACUGAGCGCAGAGGGAGGGGAUGGAAGAAGGAGAGAGCGACUUCGCCGGAUGAGGAGCAGAGAGUUUUCCAGAUCACAGAGCGGCGAUCCUCCGGACACAGAGAGCAGAAAUGCUGAAAGUGAAAAAGAUAAGGAGAGAACGAGAAAAUGGGAGGAUGACUCUAAAGAUUUAUCUGAUGAGGGAGAGAAGAAAAGGGAGGAAAGGAGAACAGGUGAUAAGACGGAAAGUGGCAAAGAACUUUCUAGGAAAGAGAAAGGAGGAAGCAAAACUCUAGACCUCAUUUCCAAACUGCAAGAGAAACAAGAGGAGAAGAAAGACAGAGGGAGGAAGGAUGAGAAGAAAGUGAACGAAAACUCCAAAAUACGAGGGGUUGUCUCCAAACUUCAGGGGGAUAAAGACAUAGAAGAGAUAAAGGACAAAAAGACGGAUGUCAAAAAGCAAGAUGUAAGCAAAACUAAAACCACAGAGGUACCCAAAAACAGCAAAGCAGGACGAGUAAACUUAAAAGAUGCAGAAAAAGACGACCAAAACAGCAGAUUUAGAAGAGUUGAAGAAAUAAGUUUGGAUAAAACCAGAGCUCAAAAGGAGAGAGAACAAGUGAAACCAUCUGAAAACACCAAGGCGAAGAUUUCUGCCAGUUCCUACCAUGAAAGCUCAGGGAACUGUCAUGGAGCGGACACCUGUUCAAUUACUACUGAGGAGGACGAGUCUUAUAGUGAAGAUCUGGACAGUGACACUGGCUCCAGCAUGUUUGAUGAUCUUCUAGAGCAGGUUCGCAGUGAUGAUCCUGAACUAACAGAGGUCAACGUCAACAACUCAGAUGCCAUUAAAACAGAUACCCUGAUUCAGUUCGCAGAGGGUCUUCGUGGCAACACUCACAUUAAAACCUUCUGCCUCGCAAACACAAGAGCGGACGAUCAUGUUGCAUUCGCCAUCGCCAAAACAUUGCGAGAAAACUCAACCUUGACCGGCAUCAACCUCGACUCCAAUCAUCUGACAGGCAAGGGCAUCCUGGCCAUCAUCAACUCUCUUCAACACAAUAGCGCACUGAUGGAGCUGAGGUUUCAUAACCAGAGACACAUCUGCGGAGGGAAGACUGAGAUGGAGAUGGCUAAAGUCUUACGUGACAACUCUUCACUGCUGAAGUUGGGAUAUCACUUUGAGUUGGCCGGGCCCAGGAUGGCCAUGACGAACAUCUUGAGUCGAAACAUGGACAGGAAGCGGCAGCAGCGAUUAGAAGCGCAAAAACUCGCCGGACAUGAGAUCAACUUCACCUCACAAGAAGAAAAUAAGAGCUCAACUGAUAAAACUAAGUCGACAACAUCGUCCACUCCAAAGAAAGACUCUAAAUUUGCUUCCCUAUCAAAAUUCACCUCUGCUCAAGAAAAUUCCAAAGCUUCACCGACAAAGCCACUGUCUAAACUCCUCCCCACUGAGGUAACAGGAAGUAAAAAAGGAGCAACAGGAAAUGGGCAAGCCCCUCCUCCUCCCCCUCCUUCAGGUCCAGCAUUAGAUGUUCAGGCACUGAGGAGAUCUUUGACCCCAGUCUCUCAGAGGAAACCAGAUGGCAGUACAGCUGUCCGACAGAUGGACAGGAGCUCCAGAGAUCAGCUCCUGGACUCUAUCAGAAACUGCAGCAUGAAUGCUCUCAAGAAGGUUGAGAUCCCUAAGCGGUUGAGAUAACAUCUGUCCAGUGCACAUGUGUCUGAUUCAGAUUCGCCUGCAGUCUUCCAGAGCCCUGUUAUGAUGGAGGAGUCACUGAAUCAUCAAGAUGAGAUUCCUUCUCUACGUGCUCAGGCAUUCAGACACUUUAGAUACAUGAUAUGUAAACAUCUGAGGUGUGAGGCUUUACCAUAUUAGUGUGAAUUUUCCCUAGACUGAUAGGAAGAGCUGUGAGUGCUUCAAGUGUCCUUGAGAAUAUUGGCCACAAAAAAACUUUUUUUGGAAUGUGUUAUUGAAAUAUAAUAGCCAUUUCUUUUUAGAAUUCUGGCAUACUUUAAUAUACUUUUAUCUUCUACCAUGUUUCUUGUAGCAUCUCCACUCAUCAAUUUGCAAAUAUCAUGCCAUAUUAUUUUCAGCUGAAGGUUCAUGAUCUCAUGCUUUCUGCAGCACGUCAGUAAUCAGUUAAAUGUUGUCGCAUUAAACAGAAAUGUCAGAAAGUGUAUUUAAAAGCAUAAAUGAAUCAUAGUGUAUGCGGAGAAUAAAGCAAAAAAUCUCAUUUUUGAGCAACAUUUAUUAUGUAUCCUGCAACUUAAGUUUAUUUGUGAUACAUUAAAAUUGUCACUUUAGAACUAUUGUAGAUAUUGAGCUUUCUGUAUGCAGUGCUACCUGAUGUGAAUUAAGAAAUUUUAAAUGUAAAAAUGGAAAUUGCCUUGGAUUUGAUAAAUCUUAAAGCAUUUUUGAUGAAUCUUUAUCGUUACAGCAGUUCAAUAAACCUCCACAAACAACCAUA